UCGGAAAAACGAUUUAAUAAAUAUUGGCGUCGCGUGUCAACCGCGAUGUUCCGCCGCGGCGGCGGCGAGCGGGCGUAAUCGCUGGGGCGUCUCCCCCCCCCCCCGUACGAGAACGCGUGCAAAAAAUCAAAACAUUCGGAAGCGAAAGUAUCGUGAUCGAUAAUAAAAUGAACGUCGACCGGCGGAACGUAUAACGACGUAGCGACUCAGUCAAAGUUUUGUUCGCGAGGGGCGAACCACGCCGGGGGCGGCGUUGCCAACCGCCACCGUAAACAAACCGAGCGCGACUCGUUUUCACGCUUUUUAUAUACCGGGCGCUCGAAAAUUGCCCACUCAUGUCGACCGUGAGGAGGUUGGCCCAUUUCCGGCAGCUGUCGCUGGAAGGCGGCGACGCGUCGCCCCUAGGCAGGAAAAAGUCGCCCAAGAAGGCGACGGAUCCGCGCCACGCGAUAAAGGUAUCCUUGGACGCGCCGGGAGCCGUCCGGCUAGCCUGGGGCGCGAAGGACGACGACGUCGACGACGCGGUCGUCGUCAAAAAGUGCAGGGAGGUGAGAAGGCAGCCCGGCUGCCGCCUGACGAGGCACGCGUCGCUCGAGAAGGACUCCAUACUGUGUUCCAAGCAAGAACCGGCGGUGACGGAAACGCCCAAGGACGAGAAACCGAACCUGAAGAUCUUUUUGGCGCCCAACGUAGAGAGGUCUUGCGAACCGCCCAAGCUGAUGCAACCGUUAACGACGCCGGUCGUCGACAAGAACGCGUUUCAAAUCCGCAAGGGCGGCAAACGGGGUGUGUCAGUGGUCGUCGUGCCUGUCGCCCCCCAGGAAAUAGACGUUUUCGUGAGGCCGGCGACCGCGUCCUCGAGGCGGGAGAAGUUCAAGAAACGAGCCGGCUCGGCGUUCCACGCGACCAUCGUCGAUGAGCCGAGAGCGCCGCUAGUCAGGUCGUCGUCGGCGCCGUCAGCGAGGCCGAAAUUCCCGGCCACUAAGAGGAGAUUGAAGGUGACGAAGAGGUCGGAUGAAGGCGGGAGAUUGCCGAACGUGGAAUGGAAGAACGCGGCGCCGGCCGACGUCGAAACGAUGGUCGAGUUGAUCAGCCCGAUGGGAAGCGACGCGGAGGAGCGGCCCGACGAGGAAGAGGAGGCGAGACCGGCGUCAAAAAGGGCGCCGGAAGAGAAGAAGGCCGCGGUUAAGUGCGCCAGUCUGAGGAAGGCAGUCAAAUCGGUGACGUUCCAGCAGUCCAGCAUACACGCGAUUCGGAGCUUCUCGGCGAGUUUUCCAGCGCGGAGGGCUUCCAUGGCGUCGCUCUGCUUGGGGAACGACCGAUCCGUACCGACUGCGCCGGUCAAGACCCACGAAAAACGGGGCACAAACUCGAGCCCGCCCGGUGACGAGACAGUGCCCAAGAGGCGUCUGGUCGGUGGCGGUACAGACGAUGCCGAACGCAGCGCGGCGUCGAACCAAAAGGAUAAAGGCAAAUUGCUUCCCGAGUCGGACGUGGCUUUUUCGAUCAAUAUAGAAACAAAGACCCACGAAGAAGUCGUCGCAACAUCAGAAACUGAUGGGGAGGCGUUGGUCGCAAACACAGGCUCACAAAAAGGAACUGCGAGGGACGAUGUCGGCGAGACGGCCAAAGAGAAACAGUGCUGGGACAUGUAUCGCAAGAUGAUGGACAAGGGUAUCGCGGUGUCAUACAACACGAUCCUCAGGGGAAUGCUGACCCCGACGGAAUACCGACUGCGAAGGAAAUCACUGAUAUUCGAAGACGUGAAACUUCCCAACGACGCACAAAUUAGUCCAUACAAUAACGUAACGCAUACCGAGUGACAGUAUAAAAAACUUAAAUAAAUAAACG